AUGCGUGCCCGUCAUGCGGGGUUGGUGCACAGUGUCAAGCUUGACAGACUUUCGGAAUCUACCACACCAUACCGGCCGUUCAACCGACGAACUACGGUAUACAGCCUUUCUUCGCACAGCAUCGACCCAGCCGAGGCCUCGGUCCUAGAGCUAGGUCUGAAUUUCAAUGUUGCACCUGCACCUGACGUGCGAAAGGUUGUGUGUGCAGUGGAGUGCGCGGUUAACCAAGUUGACCUGUCCCGCCGUGACGAGGCUCGCACCCGCGCCAUUGGUGUCCUUUCUGGUCUGCACCGGAGGAAGUUUGUUUCCCCUCUUUCCGCUGAGGAACGAAAAGCUGUCAAGCGUCUUCAGGCGAACACUGCAAUCGUGAUCCUUCCCGCCGACAAGGGGAAUGCAACAGUGCUAAUUGACACGGCUGUCUACAAAAACAAGAUGUUGGCUCUGCUUAAUGACCAGGACACUUACGUCCGGCUCACUCGGGACCCGACCUUGAAGGUUCAGAGGGACUUCCAGACUCUCCUGGCUGAUGUGUUCCGCUUCGUAGCUCCCGAGCGCAAGUCUUUGUAUUUCAAGCUUCUCUGUCAUAACGGUGCUGCACCUGCACUUUAUGGCCUGCCAAAGGUUCAUAAGCCUAACGUCCCCCUACGUCCAAUGGUCGACUACACUCGCUCCCUUCUCUACAAAUUGUCCGCAUACCUGCACCAGCUUCUGGCUCCACUCGUCGGGAAGAGCUCCACGCACGUGAGCAACUCCUGUGACUUUAUUGAAAAAGUUUGUGACGUGUCUCUAGACGACGACGAGGUGAUGGUUUCGUUCGACGUGGUAUCACUGUUUACCUCAAUUCCGACUGACUUGGCUGUGGAAGCAUGCACCUCUGCUCUGGAAUCUGACAGGACCUUGCCAGACAGGUCGCCCAUUGAUGUUCCCGACCUCAAGAGGCCCCUCUGUUUUUGCCUUGGAAACACGUACUUCUGUUUCGACAAGGUCUUCUACAGGCAAGUACACGGGGAGGCCCACACACCAGCUUCGUCCUAG